GGCGGAGUGGAUGCUGAUCACUCUCUAUGCCCUGUGCCCUCCAUCCCUCGGCGAUCAGACAGACGCGGACAGGGGAUAUCCGAGGAGCUUUGAGCGAGGAUGGGGACACAGAUCUGCUGUUGAUGAAGGAAGUCUGAUGUAGAUGGUGAGCCAGAGGAGAGCCCAGGGAGCAGCACCAGCAGUAGUGGGGCUGUAGAUGCCCUCUCCACAGCUCCGUCCCCAGCCCCCCCCCAGGCCUCUGCCGGAGAGCCAGGACAGAGAGGAGACAGCUCUUGCUCUGACUCCGACAGUCCUGUAGAUACCAGCUCCUGCGAGGAGGAGGAGGAGGAAGAGGAGGAGGAGGAGGAGGAGGAAGACGCAACUAUGUUUUCCUCUAAAUUCCUUAGUGGGGCCAAUCCGCUCAAUGCCGUGUCCUCUGCUGUGAAUAAGUUUGGUUUAUUUGGAGAUGAUGGGGAGGGGGAUAAGAAUAAGAAAGCACCUUCCCAGCAGUUGACACCAUCUGGAGGACAGCAGCCAGGAGCAGGCCCUGACAAAGGCCCCCAACAACCGCAUGGACCCCAAAAAUCAGGCCAGGGUCCACCUAUGCAAAAGGGCCAGCCUCUUCCUAAACAAGGAUCACCACAGCUGCAUGGGAAUGGACAGGCUGGACCCCCAAACAAGCCCGGUGGGCAACAAGCUGCUCCAAAGGAAGGGACACAGCCUGAAGACCAGCUUAAAGGACAGCCACAAAAAAAUCAACCUAAGGGCCCACCACAGCAAGGUUCACCUAAGCCUGGAGCUCAACAACAUAUUGUGACUAAGAGUGGAGCUCAACCAGGAUCUCCAAAGGCUUCUACACAACAGGUUCCACCUAAGACAGGGAUGCAACAAGGGCCUGCUAAGACUGGUGCACAGCAACAACAACCUGCAAAGACUGGGGUGCAAGAGUCCACAAAGGUUGGGUCACAAAAAGCUGGCUCACAGCAAGGGUCCCCGAAAGUAAGACAACAACAGGGCUCACCCAAACUUUCACAGCAACAAGAGAGUUACCCUAAAGUGGCACAGCAACAACAGGGCUCAUCUAAGGUGGGACAACAACAGCAAGGCUUCAGGACUACACCCCAGCAGCAGUCCUCUGAUAAGCCUGGGCCUCAGCAACCAACCAAAGCCGGAUCUCAAGCUUAA